AAACUUUCUAAAUCCAUGCUGGCAAAUGGAACAUAAUGCUUGUAGAUGGAAAUCUCCAUUUGUUAUCCUAUGGAUGAGAUUUCCUCCUUUCCCACCCAUGCUCUGCUCAAAAAGUUAAAACAACACUCCAAAAUGGUUCCAAUCACAUUAACAAACAAGCAAUUCCUAGCCUCAAACAACAUUCUGCCUAAAUGACAAUCCACCAUUAAUGGACUAAUGGCAUCGAAAGAUCCAAACCAUUUGAAUUUUCAUUUUACCAAUUAAUUUUUUUUUAUUCAGCUGAAUUCAUUAAGUCCCAAAAGGAAUAUUAAGCCAAUUUAAGCAGAUAAGGUGGAAAUCCUGAGAAAGAGUCUCAAACAGAGUGGAACUCAUCUGGCUGCACCUUUUAGUAUGAUAUGUAACAGUUGCAACAAUGGUUGGGACAUUAGUCCUUUACCAGAAUCACUUCAUGUUGCCGCAGGAGGAUUCUCCCAAGAGCCCAGAAAUCGAUUUUAGAUUGAAGGAACAAGAAUGUAUCUCUCUCAUGAAGGGAUGCAAUAGCCUUGAAGAAUUCAAGCAAGUUCAUGCUCAGAUUAUCAAGUUGGGCUUGAUCUGGAGCUCAUUUUGUGCAAGCAAUCUAGUGGCAACUUGUGCGCUUUCAGAUUGGGGUAGCAUGGACUACGCUUGCUCGAUUUUUAGCGAUAUAGACGAUCCAGGUACAUUUGAUUUUAAUACCAUUAUGAGAGGAUGCAUCCAAGAAUUGAGCUUAGAAGAAGCUCUGUUUCUCUACAUUGAGAUGCUUGAAAGAGGUGUUGAACCUGAUAAUUUUACUUAUCCUGCACUUUUAAAAGCAUGUGCUCUGCUAACUGCAAUUGAGGAAGGAAUGCAGGUUCAUGGGCAUGUCUUUAAACUUGGGCUUCAAGAUGAUUUAUAUGUACAGAACAGCUUAAUUAAUAUGUAUGGAAAAUGUAGAAAAAUUAGGAGUUCUUGUCUGAUCUUUGAGCAAAUGGAUCAGAAGUCUAUAGGUUCUUGGAGUGCACUAAUUUCAGCUCAUGCAAACUUAGGCAUGUGGUCUGAAUGCCUUAAGCUUUUCAGAGAUAUGAAUUCUGAAGGGUUUUGGAGGGCAGAGGAGAGUGUGAUGGUUAGUGUUCUUUCUGCUUGUAGUCAUUUAGGUGCCUUGGAUUUUGGUAGGUCUGUACAUUGUAAUUUACUGAGGAAUUUGAGUGGCCUAAAUGUCAUAGUCCAAACUUCUCUAAUAGAUAUGUAUGUAAGAUGUGGCUGCAUAGAGAAAGGUUUGUACCUGUUUGAUAGAAUGGAGGGAAAAAACCAGAUGUCUUAUAGUGUAAUGAUUUCGGGACUAGCAUUGCACGGGCGUGGCGAUGAAGCUCUAAAGGUCUUCUCAAAAAUGCUUGAUGAACAACUGGAACCUGAUGAUGUUGUUUAUGUUGGUGUCCUCAGUGCUUGCAGUCGCAGCGGCCUUGUUCAAGAAGGGCUCGAAUUUUUCGAGAGGAUGCGGUUGGAACAUCAAAUAGAACCAACCCUUGAACAUUAUGGAUGUAUGGUUGAUCUCAUGGGUAAAGCUGGGAUGCUGUCUGCAGCUUUUGACCUAAUCAAGAGCAUGCCAAUGAAGCCGAAUGAUGUCGUGUGGAGAAGUCUUCUUAGUGCUUGUAAGGUUCAUUCUAAUGUUGAAUUAGCAGAAGUAGCAGCCAAGAAUCUGUUCCAACAAAAUUGCCAAACUGCAAGUGAUUACUUGACACUAUCAAACUUGUAUGCAAAAGCUCAGAAAUGGCAGGACGCGGCGUGCGCUCGAGCUGAAUUAGCCGACAAUGAAGGGCUCAACCAAGAACCUGGAUACUGCUCAGUUGAGGUACAAAGGAAAGUUUAUAAGUUCCUAUCACAAGAUAAAUUUUAUACCAAGUGCGAAGGCGUGCGCGAGAUGCUUCGAGAGAUGGAAUGGCAAUUGAAAUUCGAAGGAUAUUCCGCGGAUACUUCACAGGUGUUGCUGGAUGUAGAUGAAGAAGAAAAGAGGAAAAUAUUGGGUUGCCAUAGCCAGAAGUUGUCGAUCGCCUUCGCGCUUAUACAUACAUCUCAGCAUUCUCCUAUAAGAAUAGUUAGAAAUGUUAAGAUGUGCAGUGACUGUCACACUUACACCAAGUUCAUUUCAACAAUUUACGAAAGAGAGAUUACUGUAAGAGAUCGAAAUCGGUUCCACCAUUUCAAAAAUGGAACUUGUUCGUGUAAAGAUUACUGGUAAAUAUACAUCUUCACAGUUUUCUGUUAUAAAUGAUGUCAAGCA